GGCGCGGGUUCGCCAUCCGGGCGCGGCGAUGCGGGUGCACCUGGGCGCGCUGGCGGGCGCGGCGGCGCUCGGCGGGGCUCUCAGCUUCGUGCUCCUGGCGGCGGCCAUCGGCACGGACUUCUGGUACAUCAUCGACACGGAGCGGCUGGAGCGCGCGGGGGGCGCCAACCGCAGCCAGCCGGAGCCCCUCAGCUCGCACUCGGGGCUCUGGCGCACCUGCCGCGUGCAGAGCCCGUGCGCGCCGCUGAUGAACCCCUUCUGGCCCGGGAACGCGACGGUCAGCGACGCCAGCCGGCAACUUCUUGCCAUGCACGGCACCUUCCUCAUCCUGCUGCCCCUCAGCCUGGUCCUGAUGGUGUUCGGGGGCAUGGCGGGCUUCCUCAGCUUCCUCCUGCGCGCCUCACGCCUGCUGCUUCUCACCGGAACCCUCUUCCUCUUUGGAGCGCUGGUGACGCUGGCCGGCAUCAGCGUGUACAUCGCGUACUCGGCGGCCGCCUUCCGGGAGGCGCUGUGCCUGCUGGAGGAGGCGUCGCUGCUGGAGCAGGUGGACAUCCGCUUCGGCUGGUCCCUGGCGCUGGGCUGGGCCAGCUUCAUCGCCGAGCUGCUCACCGGGGCGGCCUUCCUGUCCGCCGCCCGCGUGCUCGGCCUGCGGCGGGGGCAGGAGGGGCCCAUCUGAGCCGCCACGGAGACCCCCCCACCCCCGGGACACGGCGGCCGCGGCCGGGCCGGGCAGCCCCACUCCCUCGUGGUGGUCUGUGUCCGUGUGUGUGCCCCGUGUGUGUCCCUUGUACACGCCUGUCCCCCUGUGCUGUGCCCGUGUGUGUGCCCCGUGUGUGUCCCUGUACACGCCUGUCCCCCUGUGCUGUGCCCGUGUGUGUGCCCCGUGUGUGUCCCUGUACACGCCUGUCCCCCUGUGCUGUGCCCGUGUGUCAUGUGUGCUGAGCCGACACGUGUGUCUGUGGGGGGGGAGGGCGGACCGAGGCGGGGCAGAGAACCCCGAAACCGUGGAAACAGCCCCGGCAUAAAGCGCUGGA